UCGUUGACAGACGACACACGAGUAGAGAACUAGACUAGAGAUAACAGCGGUGUGCUCGACAUAUGGUAGUCUCUAGUCUGUCCGCGUCUCUGUGCUUGGUCUCCGUGUCCCGACAUUUCUGAAACACGGGCACUGGGUCGUUGUCCUACCGUCGGUGGUGAAGCUGCAUCCAGCUAGAAACAAACUGACUGCGGCUGUGCACGUACUUGGAAGGUGAACAACACAAGCUUAGCUUCCUGCCAUGAAAUUUGAUGAGGUGAUCUCGCUCCUGGGCGAGUUCGGACCGUAUCAGAAGCGCAUCUACUUCUUGCUGUGUCUGCCUGCCAUCACGUGCUGCAUGCAGCUUCUGGUGACUGUCUUCAGUAUGGCCAUCCCCCCGCACAGGUGUGCUGUUCCUGGACUUGACAAUGACACUUUCGCCAUUCAAACUCCCCAACAUAAGGCCCUCGUCAACAUCAGCAUUCCUCCAGGUGACUCCUGCAAUGUCAUCGAAUCUCCCAACAUCUUGAACGACACCACAAACGUGGGCCUCGUCGGCUGGACGGGUCAAGGCAGUCAGGUCAAAAGGUCAAACAACUCGGACAUGGAAGCGGUUCCCUGCUCACGUUAUGUCUACGACAAAUCUGUUUUCACUUCGACCAUCGUCACCCAGAUGGAUCUAGUUUGCGAAAAGCAGUACAGUAAGUCACAUGCUCAGAUGAUCACCAUGUUGGGAGCCUUCCUGGGAACACUAACCUGCCAGCCUUCAUCCGACAUAUUUGGGCGGAAGAAAGUAUUUCUGAUGUCACUAGUUGUCCACGCACUGGCUUCUCUUGCAACCACGUGGUCAACGUUCUUCCCCUUGCUGUGCUUCUUCAUGUUUAUCAACGGCGCCGCCAAUGUCGGAGUGUUCGCUAAUGCUUUUGUGAUUGGCAUCGAGUUCGUUGGACCUUCCAAGCGAGUGUGGACAGGCUACGUCAUCGAAAUUUUCUGGUCCUUCGGCAUGAUUCUUCUGGCACUCCUUGCCUACUUCCUGCGGGAUUGGCAGCAUCUGCAACUAGCUACUUCCAUAUUUCCCUUUGCCUUUUUGUCAUACGCAUGGGUGAUUCCAGAGUCGCCACGCUGGCUGUUAAGUAAAGGUCGCGUUCAGGAAGCGGAAGAGAUUAUUCGAAAAGCAGCAAAGGUCAACAAGGUAUUACUUCCGGCUAAUGUGCUGGACUCUGCGAGUCUGGAGAUUCAAGAGCACGUAUCUGUAUUGGCCAUUUUCAGACAUCCUGUCCUCCUCCUGAGGUGUACCAUCAUUUUCUUUAACUGGUUCGUUGUCAGCCUGGCCUUCUACGGCCUGGGGCUGAACGUGGGGAGCUUAGGGGGCAGUGUGUACAUCAACUUCCUCCUCUCGGGGCUGAUGGAGCUGGUCUCCUAUGUGCUGUGUCUCGGCCUGCUGGACCGCCUGGGCCGACGUCCCCUCAACUGCGGCCUGAUGAUGGUAGCCGGCCUGGCCUGCACUCUGACCAUCUUCCCCGUUCUCUACGCUCCGCCAUCUCACCAGUGGGUAACUACUGCUCUUGCUAUGAUCGGUAAGCUGGGUAUAGGAGGCGCUUUUGCUACCAUCUGGGUCUACUCUUCCGAGCUUUUCCCCACCGUUGUCCGCAGCUCUGGCAUGGGGUUCAGCUCCAGCUGCGCGAGGAUCGGAGCUCUGAUCUCUCCUUACAUAGCGAACUUGUCGACAAUUAUUGGUGGGAACGCUGGCACGGCCAUCCCGUUGCUUAUUUUUGGCCUUCCUUCCAUCGUUGCUGGUCUCCUUCUGCUGAUAUUGCCAGAAACACUGAACCGAAGUCUGCCGGAGAGUGUUGACGAUGCCGUCGUCUUUGGCAGGGAAGUGGUUGUAGAUUCAUCCAAGAACGUCUAUCAUCUGACCAAUUGCAAGGAGACAAGAUCAGACGAAAAGGACAUGCUAUAACAACACAGUUCGUGUAUGCAAAAGAAAGGUGGGGAGAGACAGCUGGGACGAUUCACGUAGAGGGUGACAGAUGAAUAAAGAAUCUUGAAUCUUGCUUCGUGAACUCCCCAGUGGGUUCGAGGCUAUUCAGCGCAAACGGUGACCUUCACUAGUAUAUAACAUUAAUACAUUGUUAAUCCAAUUUCUCAUCUAGCCUCACAAAUAAAUGAACGAAAUGCGAUGUUUUGAGAAAUAUUUCUUAAAGCAUAUCAUCAAA